AUCUCCUCAUCCUCUAUAUAGCUCCGCCCACACAAGAGGCUGGUCACGUGGGCAUGACAUCAUUUCAGGUCCUUCACUUCUUGUCUUGUACUGCAGAGCUCCGCCUUUUCCUGUCACAUGACAAUCCUCACAGGUCCUUUAUCCACAAGUUCCAGCCUGAUAAACUCUGCCCACACAAGUACUGGUCACAUGAUUGUGACAUCAUCACAGGUCCUACGCCUCCAGCAUCUAGUAGAUACAGAGGAUUGAAGGUGAUUACAUGAGGAGGAGGUGAGGUCUCCAGAACUGACCCCGGUAGGAUGUGGCGGUCUAUUUCUCCAUGGAGGAGUGGGAGUAUGUAGAAGGACACAAGGAUCUGUACCAGGACAUAGUCAUGAUGGAGGAUCACCGGCCCCUCACAUCACAAGAUGGAGUCAUUGAUAGAAAUCCACCUGAGAGGUGUCCCCGUCCUCUGUAUUCCCAGGACUGUCCAGAGGGAAAUGUCCAAGAGACGCAUCAGGCUGAAGAUCUGAUGGAUAUUAAGGUUGAGGUUAAAGAUGAAGCAGAAGAGGAGACGGAUUUCGGGGCCGAUCAGCAGUAUGGAGUCAUUGAUAGAAAUCCACCCGAGAGGUGUCCCCGCCCUCUGUAUUCCCAGGACUGUCCAGAGGGAAAUGUCCCAGAGAAGCAUCAGGAUGAUUACCUGACUAUUAUUAAAGAGGAGGAUGAAGCAGAAGAAGAGAUCUUGAGGAGCGAUCACCUGUGUAUGAGGGAAGUAAAGGAGGAAAUGCCAGGCGGUGUUGUCUCAGGAAAUCCCAGUAAGAACGUCAUGUUAUCCCUGAAUGAUAAAGGAGAAGAUGGAAGGAUCAUGGAGCGCUCCUCAGGACAAGAUGGAGAGAUCAUGGAGCGCUCCUCCGGACAAGAUGGAGAGAUCAUGGAGCGCUCCUCCGGAGAAGAUGGAGAGAUCAUGGAGCGCUCCUCAGGACAAGAUGGAGAGAUCAUGGAGCGCUCCUCAGGACAAGAUGGAGAGAUCAUGGAGCGCUCCUCAGGACAAGAUGGAGAGAUCAUGGAGCGCUCCUCAGGAGAAGAUGGAGAGAUCAUGGAGCGCUCCUCAGGACAAGAUGGAGAGAUCAUGGAGCGCUCCUCAGGAGAAGAUGGAGAGAUCAUGGAGCGCUCCUCAGGAGAAGAUGGAGAGAUCAUGGAGCGCUCCUCAGGAGAAGAUGGAGAGAUCAUGGAGCGCUCCUCAGGAGAAGACCUCCUUACCCCUAAUGUCCAUCCAGAUCUAUCCUAUAAUAAUCCUCCCGAUCAUGGGGAACCUUCCCCUGACCAAUCACACAUUGUUAUCACAAGGACAGGUCAAGAAGGGAGGAAAAAGUUUAAAUGUGAUGAAUGUGGAAAACAGUUUACAGCAAACUCAAGUCUUCUUACACACAGGAGAAUUCAUACAGGAAAGAAUCUGUAUUCAUGUUCAGAAUGUGGGAAAUGCUUUACAGGUAAAUCAAAUCUUGUUAUACAUGAGAGAAGUCACACAGGAGAGAAGCCAUACUCAUGUUCAGAAUGUGAGAAAUGUUUUACAAGUAAACAAAGCUUAGUUGCACACGAGAGAACUCACACAGGAGAAAAGCCGUAUUCAUGUUCAGAGUGUGGGAAAUGUUUCACAUAUAAAUCACAUCUUGUUACACAUGAGAGAACUCACACAGGAGAAAAGCCGUAUUCCUGUUCACAAUGUGGAAAAUGUUUUACAAGUAAAUCAGAUUUGCUUAAACAUGAAAAAUGGCACACAGGAGAAAAGCCAUAUUCAUGUUCACUAUGUGGGAAAUGUUUCUCUAGUAAACACCAUCUUGCUACACAUGACAGAAGUCAUAGAGGCGAGAAGCCAUAUUCAUGUUCGGAAUGUGGAAAAUGUUUCACAGAUAAAUCAAGUCUUGUUAGACAUUCGAGAAGCCACACAGGAGAGAAGCCAUAUUCAUGUUCAGAAUGUGGGAAAUGUUUUACACGAAAAUCACAACUUGUUAUACAUGAAAGAAGUCACACAGGAGAGAAACCGUAUUCGUGUUCAGAAUGUGGCAAGGGUUUUUUACAGAAAGCCCAUCUUAUUAUACAUACAAGAAAUCACACAGGCGAGACGCCAUAUUCAUGUUCAGAAUGUGGGAAAUGUUUUUUACAGAAAUCACAUCUGGUUUCGCAUGAGAGAAUUCACUCAGAAGAAAAGGCAUAUACAUGUUCAGAAUGUGGAAAAUGUUUUACUUAUAAAUCAAAUCUUACUAUGCAUGAGAGAAUUCACACCGGAGUAAAGCCGUAUUCAUGUGUAGAUUGUGGGAAAUGUUUCACGAGUAAAUCAGAUCUGGUUAAGCAUGAAAAAUGUCACACAGGAGAGAAGCCGUAUUCAUGUUCAGAAUGUGGGAAAUGUUUCUUAAGUAAAUCACAGCUUAUUAUACAUGUGAGAACUCACAUUUAAGAGAAGUCCUCUUCCGAAUGUGGGAAAUGUUUUAUUAGUAUGGGCAAACGAGUAAUGAUUGUCAUUCAUGUCUUGCAUAAAAAUAAAAAUCUGUAACAUGACAUUUGUUUCCUUCUG